AUGGUCCCCCUCAAGAAGCAUCGAAAUACCCCAAAGUUGCCCCUGGCUUUAAAUCCCCAGAAGAGCAAGGACGUGUUGGCAGUGCUGGCGGAGAGGAACCUGCCCAUAGUGCCAGUUGGGGCAUGGGUGGAACCUGCCUCACCACACACUUCGGAAAACACAGCGUAUACGGAAGCAUAUAUAAUUGAAGAAAAACUAAAAGAACAGGCAAGAAAAAAACAAGAAGCUUUGAAGCGUUCUCAGAGACUAGCCAAACACCGAGUAAAUCAACGAAUUAGUAUAAGAAAAAAGCAACAGCUUCAGAAGCCUUCUGAAGAAGUAGAAGAAGAAGAAGAUACUGUAGCUAUGCUGCCUUCAGAUCGAGGACAAUUAACUUCUAAAAGAACAAGUGUUUUUCCAAAGAAUUUGAAUGCUGCUAGUGGAAGUGCUUGGUUAUCUCCUUCCCAGAAGCUUGAUGAUGGAAUAGAAAAUAGGGAGAAUCAGAAUCAAUUAUUACAACAAGCCUUGGCUCUUAAGAAAACCAUGAAGCAGGCACGUUACCAGCUGGCAUCCUUUAAAACUAUGAGUAAAAAAUUUUCAGCAGUGUUUCCACAUGAAACAAGGGAAAGCUUUUCCACCGAUCAGAAAGCUACGGUAGACAAGAAAGGGAGAGAAAAAUUAUUAAGGCAGAACCAACAGGGUUUCCCUUCUGAAAAGAAGAGCAAAACGUUCAGCAGAGGUCAGAAAGCACAAUUCAAAAAUCCAUUAUAUGAUGUAAUAGAAGAGGAACAGCUAAGUAAGUUGCAUCCUCAGGAUACUCUGCCAGAAACCCAGGGUUAUCUUUCAGAAGACCAAGAUGAUCUGCUGGAGAGCCAGGGUGAUCUGACUGGACUGCAGAGUGUUGAGCUGGAAGCCCAGACUAUUGAGCCACAUUCCCAGGCUGUUGAGCUGGCAGGCCAGCCUAUGGAAGACCAAGUUGUUGAAUCCAAAGCCCAGGUCAUUGAACAUAAAGUCCAUGUUUUCAAGAUGGAACCUCAGUAUCUGAUGCUGGAGUCAAAAGAUGGAAAUAUGUUGGAAGUCCAGGAUGUUUUAUCCCCAAAUCAGGCUUUUCUACCCAAAGAUCAGAGCAUUCUAUCCAAUGACCAGAAUAUUCCACUCAAAUGUCAGGACCAACAUUUUUUACGCAAAGAUCAGCAUGUUUUCCCCAAAGACCAGGAUAUUCAACCCAAAUAUCAGGACCAGGAUUUUAUACCCAGAUUUCAGAAAGUCCGCUUCAAGGAGCAUUAUUCUGUUAUAAAUGAGAAAGGGAGAGAUGACUUUUGUCUGGCAAGUUAUCAGUCUCCGACUCCUAAAGUCCAGGACCAGAUGUUCAUCAGAGAUCAGAAUAUGUUAUUCAAGCAGCCAUCAUCUUUUCUGAAAGAAGUGGGAGUGAGAGAUGAAUAUCCUAUGGAGUAUCAUCAUUAUGUUAACCCUCAAGUCCAGGACCAAGCCUCCCCGGGAGAUCAGAGCUUACACUCCAGGCAGCAGCCAUGUCUCAGGACAGCUGAAAGAAGGCAAGAUAUGUUUCUGGAUGGCCAUCAGCACCUUCCAGCCAAGCACCAGAGAGAGGCUUCCAGCAGAAGGCAGGUUUAUGAUAAAUAUCAAUCAGGAUGGAACACUGAAUUCCAAAUUCCACUAGGACUUCAGUUUGAAGUAAAUCAAGAAGAAGACAAAAAAGAGCGUCAAAAGCGGUACCUGAGAUAUAGGCGACUUUUCAUGAAUAUUGAAAGAGAAAAAGUAAAAGAACAACAAAGGCAAAGAGAAUACAGGAAGCGAAUUGAAAAAAUUAAGAGAAAGAAAGAGCAGCAACGUUAUGCUGAAGAGCAGAGGCUAUUGAGAAGGAACUUUCAAGAAGAGCCGCCUACAGGGGAGAUGAGCGAAAUGUUAGCGCAGCUACGGCUCGAAGAAGUGAAAGAAGCCAGAGAAAAACAGCAACGAAGAGAAAGGGAAUACCAAAGGUAUCUAGAAGCUUUAAGGGUCCAGAUCCGAGAGAAAAUGCAGCUUUAUAAUAUUACUUUACCUCCACUCUGUGGCUGUGGUCCUGACUUUUGGGACGCUCACCCUAAUACCUGUGCCAACAAUUGUAUUUUCUAUAAAAACCACAGAGCAUAUACCCGGGCACUAUAUUCAGUCAUCAAUUCCUGUGAUACCCCUAGGUGGACCUUGAGUCUUCGAGCUGCCAUUCAUAAUUUUGCUUCUGCAUACAGACGGACUUUGAAAUAUGUAUAUUUAGAAUCUGAAAUCAACUGUUAG